CUUUAACCCAGUCCAUGCUGUAGGGGAGGGUGCGUGUCCCUUUAACCCAGUCCGUGCUGUAGGGGAGGGUGUGUGUCCCUUUAACCCAGUCCGUGCUGUAGGGGAGGGUGCCUGUCCCUUUAACCGAGGUCUGGUUCUGCCCAACUGUGCCUUAAAGCCGGGGCCUGGUGUGUCAGGCUUCCUGGGAAACAUGCAACUCGUUAUUAAACAACUCCACGGCACCGAGUGCCGGUUGGAGGUUCAGGAAAACGAGAUGGUGGUUACGGUGAAGAAGCUUAUCGCCGACAUGAUGAAUAUUCCAGUGGCUCAGCAACGAUUACUCUACAUGGGCAAGGCACUCUUAGAUGAUCACAGGCUGAGCGACUACAGUAUCCGAGCGAACACCAAGCUGAACCUGGUGGUGAAACCCAGCGAUAGGAGCUCGCCAGACGGCACAGCCCAGACAGCUAGGCCGCAGCCUUGGCAACUGGUGUGGGAAAUCCUGGCCAAGCACUUCACCCCAGCGGACGCAGAGAAGGUUCUGGAACAGCUGCAGAAGGAUUAUGAACGGGCUCUGCGUCUGCUCAGUCUUGACGACAUUGAACGAAUAUCCACCCGGAUCCUCCACCCGGAUUCCGCGGAAUCUCUGGAACUGUCAUUCCUGGACUAGAUCCUCUGUCUCUCCCGCGGUCGCUUGCUCUGUCUCACUCCAUCUUCCUGUUCCUGACAAUGUUGUCUCCCUCCCGAGAGACGGUGCUCAGGCAGAGCCCGCUUUGUUCCGGAACGUUCCGGCCGGAUGGCCGAGUAAUUCGUGUGGAUCUAUUAAAAACGACUACACAAGA